GGGUAACUGACAGCCUUCCCUCUGGACACGGGACAGCCCGUGUCCAGAUCGGGGCCGUGUGUGUCAGUGCUCCGGGCGCGAGUGCGGGUGACAUGUGGAGCAGUUGGUCGCCGCUCCGGAGACUCCAGCGCAUCGCGGUGAGCGCCAGCCGCCCAGCAGCAGCGGGGAAUAAUAAUUAUAUCGGCGGCAUGCAGAGGAGGGAGCAGUCGGCCUUGGCCCACCGGGUCUACAUCACCCGCAAAGUGCCGCCCGAGGGCCUGGAGAUCGUGCGGCGGUGCGGACGGGUGAAAUUUGAACUCUGGGAUUCGGAUGAUCCCGUUCCCCGCGACGAGCUGUUGAAGAAGGUGAAGGGGGUGGACGGCCUGCUCUGCAUGCUCACGGAGAAGGUCGAUGCCGAGCUGCUGGACGCUGCAGGCCCUAACCUCAAAGUGCUGAGCACCAUGUCCGUGGGGUUUGACCACCUCUGUCUGGAUGAGCUGAAGAAGAGAGGAAUCCGUGUGGGCUACACCCCCGAUGUCCUGACCGACGCGGUGGCUGAACUUACAGUAGCCUUGUUGCUGGCCACCUCCCGACGGCUUAUAGAAGCAGCACACGAGGCCAAGACAGGCGGCUGGGGCACAUGGAGGACCUUGUGGCUCUGUGGCUAUGAGUUGGCCAACAGCACAGUGGGGAUUCUGGGCCUGGGCAGGAUUGGAGUGGCCAUUGCUGAACGCCUGAAACCUUUCAAGGUGAAGAAAUUCCUCUACACAGAUGUUGCACCACGACCACAACUGGCUGAAAUGAUAAACGCAGAGUAUGUGUCCUUGGAGGAGUUAGCGAAGCAGUCAGACUUCCUGGCCGCAUGCUGUGCCUUAACGCCGGAGACGCAGGGCAUUUGUAACCGGAAGCUCUUCUCUCAGAUGAAGAAAAAUGCCAUCUUCAUCAACACCAGCAGAGGAGGGAUAGUGAACCAAGAGGACCUGUAUGAAGCUCUGUCCGCUGGUCAGAUCGCGGCUGCCGGGUUGGAUGUCACCACCCCGGAGCCCCUGCCGACAGACCAUCCGCUCUUCAAACUAAAAAACUGCGUGAUCCUGCCUCACAUCGCCAGCGCUUCCUACACUACGCGCAAUGCCAUGUCUGCUCUGGCAGCCAACAACCUGUUGGCGGGUCUGAGGGGUGAGCCCAUGCCUAAAGAGCUGGAACUAUAAACCUAUAGCAGGCGGCGUGUACCCAAGAGGAAGAGCUCAACUGUGUGGGUGACGAAAACACACGCAUGCAAACACACACAGAGAAAUAUAUGCAUAAAGAAACAAAGAAGCACACAAAGAUACACACAAACAUACAUGUAAAAACUCACAGACAGGUACCAACUCGCGAACAUGUGACACACAAUGGAACCCAGAGUACACUACCAACACAGUCUUUCCCUUUUGUCAGUAUUUUGCCCGUAGGUGAUACCAGGACUUUGUUACUUUGGAAACCAUGCUACAGGAUGUUCCAUCUGUGCACGUAUUUUAUAGAUUUUCUUUCUCUGCAUUAUGGAGAUGAUCAUGUAGUUUUUUCCCGCUAUUUUUCCCAAGGUUUAUAAAUUAACUUUGUCUUACGUUUCCGCAAGAAACCCGAGGUCGUCGCACACCAGCAAUAUCCUUGAUUGAUAGUUAUGACUGUCUGUUCUGUUAUGCAUUCAGUGUAUGGUUUCUUUUGAAUAAAUAAAGAUCAAUAGACAAAAAAUUUAUUUAUCAAGACAUAGCAAGUAAUUAUUGAUCAUCAAGUGCUUUGAAAAACAGUCACAUCUAAAAAUUAAGAGGAAACUGGAAAACUUCUGUGACUAUGGGAGAAGGCAUGGGAAAUGCAUCACGCAUGCGUGAGUAUGUGGAUACGUUUGAGGCUGAAGAUACAAUAUUCCAUGCAGUUUGACACACCAUGAAAGGUGAUUAUCAGUCCAGUAAUGUCUGCCACUUUAGUACCUUUAAAGUUGCAGUGCUUUUCCAUGAAACACAGAGCCUGACAUGAUAAAACCACAGAAAAACU